AUGGCUUCAAUCAUUCGAAUGCUGUCGCCUGCUACGGAUAGAAAUGGAAAUACAAGUCGGAAAGGUCAAGAUGUAGAGCCUGAACCAGAGAUCACUCCACUGGUGAAGAUGCUACAGAAUGCAGGACCUAUACGGCCGGACGGAAGUGAUAAAUUCUUUGGUUUAGAAAAUGUACCUCUUCCCCAAAUUUACUGCCCAUUGCUUUAUGCUGACUUUUUGAAAUUAGUUCGGGAAUACAUGGUUCGUUCCUUGUAUUAUGCCAAUUCCAUUUUACAGGCGUUAUACUAUUCAGUUCCUUUUAGAGAAAAUGUUGUCAAAUACCCACCGCAUUCUCCUUCUGAUACCCCGAAUGGUGAAUUACCCAAAUUAAUCGUUCCAACAAGAGCUCCGCAACCCAAUGGAGCGGCAUUAUCAACAGCCAAACCCAAAGGCAUAUCAGCUGCUGAAGCCCUGAAAAGGAGACAAGCUAUGAAUUCCGGUCAGCCUGGACCCGGUGUACCAGGAACUCGACCUGAAGAUAAACCCGAUUCACCCGAAUAUAAGAAGAAACAUGCAAUGAUGGCAGGCCCGAUAUUAGAAAUUACUACGGAACAUGCGAGCUCAUAUGGCAUGGAAGAAACGACUUUUACAGCCUUGAAGGAUAUCUUUACGGCCAUGAUAUCGCAUCCCUCUCGGACAGGUGUUGUCAGCCCACAAAGGUUCUUGGAAGUUUUCAGGAGAGAUAAUGAGAUGUUCCGGACAUCGAUGCAUCAAGAUGCUCACGAAUUUUAUGGAUUGAUGCUCAACGCAGUUAUCAAUAAUGUUGAGGAUAAUGCUCGGCACCUGCGGGACUCGGUAGCGCCUCAAGACAAGGGAGGCAUUAAUGAUUCAAUGACAGCUGCUGUACGAUCAGUUGCGGAUUCAAUGGGCUUGGCAAGCGGGGUGCAAUCUCCAGGGACCAAAUGGGUUCAUGACAUAUUUGAGGGGAAAAUGGUCUCGGAAACGAAGUGCCUGACAUGCGAAACUACGUCGCAGCGCGAUGAGACAUUCUUGGACCUUUCCAUUGAUUUAGAGAAAAAUUCUUCUGUCACAUCCUGUCUGCAGAAGUUUUCAGCGGAAGAAAUGCUAUGCGAGAAGAAUAAAUUCCCAUUGCGAUACCUGCGGUGGUUUACAGGAAGCGGAAAAACGUAUGAAGAUCAAGACGUUACUUAA